AUAUUAAGAGAAACAUUAACUUUCUUUCCAAAAAUUUCUUUUCUCAAAGGCUUUUCAUCAUGGAACUUUCACUUUCUUCCAUCCAAGCUCUAGUUAAGGAAAUCAAGGAAGAGAUGUUCUUAAACAUCGAUCCUUACUCAUUUGUUUCUCCUUCUGCGUAUGACACUGCAUGGCUAGCCAUGGUUCCAGAUCCUCAGGAACCAGGUCAACCAAUGUUCAAAGGGUGCUUGGAUUGGGUACUGAAUAACCAGAGAGAAGAAGGGUUCUGGGGAGAGUGUGAUGGCCAUGGCAUGCCCACCAUCGAGUCUCUUCCAGCAACUCUUGCAUGUGUAGUCGCACUCAAGAAGUGGAAUGCUGGGACAAAGGAAGUGGAAAGAGGAUUGGAAUUUGUGGAUGGAAACACUGAAAAGCUUCUUGGUGAUGAUCAUUUUCCUCGGUGGUUUGCCAUUAUUUUCCCCGGAAUGAUUGAUCUCGCGCAUGAAGUUGGUCUAGAGCUUGCCUUUCCUAAGCAACUAGGACUAUCAAUGAACAUUUAUAGUGAAAGGCAAAGCAUUCUUGAAACGGAGGAACUGGUUGGAGAACAAUAUCCUCCAUUGCUAUCAUAUCUUGAAGUUCUAACACCAGCUGAUGAUAAUCUUAUUAAAGAAAGCUUGACCAAGCACUUAAGCUUGGAUGGCUCGUUAUUCCACUCCCCCGCCGCUACAGCUCGAGCAUUCAUGGCCACGCGAGAGAGAGAGAGUGCUUAGCUUAUUUGCAAGCUCUCGUUCAAAGAUGCCCUAAUGGAGGUCAGCAAAAUUUUCUAUAGCAAUUAAUGCAUGCAUCUUUU